CACCCCCGGGCGGCCCCUGACCCCGGGAGAGUCGCCCUGCGUCCCUUGGUCGGGCGGGAUGAGCGCGGUGCUGCGCGGAGCCCUGCGGCGGCUGCGCGCCCCCCGCUCCGCGGGCGCCCGGCGGCGGGAAGAAAGCUCAUCUCCUUCCUUGGGGAAAGAUAGAGCAGACACAGUGAUCAUUGGAGGUGGCUGUGUUGGUGUGAGUCUAGCCUAUCACUUGGCUAAGGCUGGCUUGAAGGAUGUUGUUCUGCUGGAAAAAUCUGAGCUCACUGCGGGAUCUACGUGGCAUGCAGCUGGUUUAACUACUUAUUUUCAUCCUGGAAUAAACCUGAAGAAAAUCCAUGCUUAUAGCAUCAAACUUUAUGAAAAACUGGAAGAGGAGACUGGACAGGCUGUGGGGUUUCAUCAGCCUGGCAGCAUCAGAAUUGCUUCAACCCCUACUAGAGUGGAUGAAUUUAAAUAUCAAAUGACUCGUGCUGGUUGGCACCCAACAGAACAGUACCUAAUCACACCUGAGAAAGUACAAGAGCUGUUUCCCUUACUGAACAUGGAUACGGUUUUAGCUGGCCUGUAUAACCCUGGAGAUGGUCAUAUCGAUCCCUAUUCUCUCACUAUGGCCUUGGCUGCAGGAGCCAGAAAAUAUGGUGCCCAAUUAAAUUACCCUGUCCAAGUGACCAAUCUGAACUCCCGAUCUGAUGGAACAUGGGAAGUUGAAACUCCACUCGGUGUAAUUCGAGCAAAGAGAAUUGUGAACACUGCAGGCUUCUGGGCCCGUGACAUAGGCAAGAUGAUUGGCCUGCAGCACCCUCUCAUACCUGUUCAUCAUCAGUAUGUUGUGACAUCAACUAUCCCUGAAGUGAAAGCCCUUAAAACAGAAUUGCCUGUGAUUCGUGACUUAGAAGGAUCAUAUUAUCUAAGGCAAGAAAGGGAUGGUCUUUUAUUUGGUCCAUAUGAAAGUGAGGAGAAGAUGAAGCUGCAGGACUCAUGGGUAACACAUGGAGUCCCACCGGGUUUUGGAAAAGAACUUUUUGAGUCUGAUUUAGACAGAAUAAUGGAGCAUAUUGAGGCUGCUAUGGAAAUGGUUCCUGUUCUGAGAAAAGCAGACAUCGUAAACACAAUUGCAGGUCCUAUCACCUAUUCUCCAGACAUCCUUCCUAUGGUAGGACCACAUCAGGGUGUCAGAAAUUACUGGGUAGCUAUUGGUUUUGGGUAUGGCAUUAUACAUGCUGGUGGCAUAGGAAAGUACCUCAGUGACUGGAUUCUUGAGGGGGAACCUCCAUUUGACCUGAUAGAAUUAGAUCCUAACCGAUACGGAAAGUGGACCACCACUGAAUAUACAGCAGCCAAAGCAAGAGAAUCUUAUGGUUUUAAUAACAUUGUUGGUUAUCCUAAAGAAGAAAGAUUUGCUGGGAGACCAACGGAGAGAACCAGUGGGCUCUAUGAUUUGCUGAAAUCAAAAUGUUCAAUGGGCUUUCAUGCAGGAUGGGAGCAACCUCAUUGGUUCUACAAACCUGGAGAUGAAACCGGAUACAAACCCAGUUUUCGGCGCACAAAUUGGUUUGACCCCGUGGGUCGAGAGUAUAAACAGGUUAUGGAAAAAGUCGGUGUGAUUGACCUGACACCAUUUGGCAAGUUUAAACUAAAAGGCACAGAUUCUAUUAAGCUGCUGGAUCAUCUGUUUGCAAAUGUUAUUCCAAAGGUGGGUUCCACAAAUAUAAGCCAUAUGUUAACACCAAGAGGAAAAGUUUAUGCUGAGCUAACAGUCUCUCAACUGUAUCCUGGAGAAUUUAUGCUUGUAACUGGCUCAGGGUCAGAACUCCACGAUCUGAGAUGGAUAGAAGAGGAAGUAACAAGAGGUGGAUAUAAAGUUGAAAUUCAAAAUGUGACAGAUGAGAUGGGAGUACUUGGUGUAGCAGGUCCAUAUGCCCGACAGGUCCUCCAGAAGUUGACAAGUGAAGAUCUGAGCGAUGGAUCAUUUAAGUUUCUUCAGUCUAGACAUUUGAAACUUUCUGAUAUUGCUGUUACUGCAAUUAGGAUAUCAUACACAGGUGAAUUGGGCUGGGAGCUCUAUCAUAGAAAAGAAGAUUCUGCAGCUCUUUACAGUGCAAUCAUGGAAGCUGGCCAAAAAGAGGGAAUUGACAACUUUGGAACAUAUGCUCUGAAUGCUUUAAGGCUUGAGAAGGGUUUCCGAGCCUGGGGUGCAGAGAUGAACUGCGACACUAAUCCAUUGGAAGCUGGACUGGAAUACUUUGUAAAGAUAAACAAGACAGCAGACUUCACUGGAAAGGAAGCACUGAAGGAGAUUAAAGAAAAGGGGCUCAAACGACGACUGGUAUAUCUCACCGUGGAAACAGAUAAUGUCGAUCCAGAGGGAAAUGAAAGUGUGUGGCAUAAUGGAAAGGUUAUUGGCAACACCACAUCUGGAAGUUUCAGUUAUAGUGCUCAGCAGAGCCUGGCGUUUGCAUAUGUUCCCAUGGAACUCAGCAAAGUUGGACAGAAAUUGGAAGUUGAAAUUUUAGGAAAAAAUUAUCCAGCAACCAUUAUACAAGAGCCACUGGUGCUGACUGAACCAACCAGAACUCGACUUCAGAGAAAGGGUGAAAGUCCCAAAAUAUAAACAUAGACACAGCGAAUUGUGCAUAGGGGAUAGUUCCAUUGAUAUGCAUUAAAUUAAGAGAAACAAACUACUCAAUUUUUCUAAUCACUAAACACAAGAUCCUCAUUGCCAUACAUCAGCCAGAAAUUAGAUGGUAUAACCCUUUUGGUUCCUUGUAUGGGCUAUUCACAUUAGAGAACUGAGCACAGGUCAUGAACCAGUAUGUGUUCUGUUUUCUCAGUAGCACUUGUGAGCAGAAAGUGGCAGGGAAUGAAUAGGUCCUUGAUUCAGCUUGCUCACACAUUGGAUGGCAGAUUUGAAUUAAUGCAGAGGAGAAAGUUGCUUUUGGUUGGCCAGUAGCAGAAUCUUCCUCCUCCUUGACACUCACAGUUCCUCCUUAGUCUCUCCCUGGGAUAAAGUAGCUUAUUCUGGAUCCUUACAAUAUGACAUCGCAAACUUAUCAUUAAAAUAAUAUCUACUAGUUCUGACAUAAAUGCUUCCCUAAGGAAUUGUAAUACAUCCCAGCAAUCAUUAAAAUGAUAAAGACAAUAUUAAUGGCAAACUGAACUGCUAACAUUUUUUCCCAAUGUGUCAUUCCGGCAGAAAUUCUCACAGAGAUCAAAACUUGUUCUUCGUAAUGAAACAGUUCUAGGAAGUUCAUUCUUCAUUAUUUUAUAUUAGUCAUCUGGUAAAUUACAUGUGAUAGUCUACAACACACAGGAUAUAUUGGUCAGUUUUGAACAGAACUUACAGUACUGUAUUAUGGAUUUACUGUUAUACAUCUGAAGAGGUAGACUGACACCAGAGAACUACUGUUCUUUCUUUUCCCGUUAAUUAUAGAUUGAACAGCAGUAAGAGCCAUCUGUUGUUUAUGCAGAAAUAUUGUCAGUGAAAACCAAAUUAAAUCCACAUCAGAGGACCUUUAUUCAGUAUUAACUGUUCCAUGACUUAAAUAAGCAGGAUUGGUAUAAUGUAAAUGAUAGGAACAUACUGAAUUAUUAAAACAUUCUUCUGAAUUCCGUAAUAUGCUCAGCAAUUCUUUUGAAUAACAAUGUCAGAAUUCCCAACUUAGGAAGAGUAACAUUCCCCUUUAGAUUUUAGAUAAACCUUUUUGAGCUAUAUAUAAAUAUGAACAAUGUCCAAAAUGUACUUUCUGCAGAGGAGCUAGUGCCUCUAAAUCUUUACCAGAGAAGUAAAUGUAUAAAUAGAAUAUACCAGGAGAAACAGUUUGAAUAAUGAACACUUGCUGUUGCUCAAGUAAACUGACAUUGCAUUGUGCUUUUCUGAAUAUCUUUAACAAAUCAGAUCAAAAUAAAACAAACUUUGGCAGGUUUGCAGGUAGUACUAUCUUGAGUGAAAAAUCCAUUCACAUAUAAUAAAAAAUACAUUCUCUGUUAUGCUUUCAUAAGUGGUUCUAUAAUACUUUCAUAGUUCUAUAUAAUACAUUCAUAGUUCUAUAAUACUUUGCUAAACUUAUCAGAGAUGUUACUUUUUCUAAAGGUGACGCUAUUUGUAAUGAGGCAGUUAGCCAGUAUGUUUCCCUAAGAAUUUAAGAAACCCAAAAUACACACAAUACGAUGUUCUUUUAUUUAGAAGCAUAGUUUUGAAUUUCAGUAUUUCCCAAGAAAAUGCAAAUUCAUUAGACACCAUGUCCUGGAGUGUACAGUAACAGUUGUCCAGAGACAAGAUCUCACCUAUACUUUCCUAAUAGGCUUCACUACGGCAAAACUCUGUUUCAGUGAUACCUUCUGCAUACCAAUCUCGAAGUUAGAAACAGUUUUGUAACUCCUUUUUCUGGCUUCAAAGAAAGAAGUUCUCUUCAUUUAUGUGUCAGCCAGGUUGGUCCGAUGGUGCAGAAGGGGAAGGCUUUCACUAGCCUGAGCAAAACAAAAUUAAUCACAGAUGCAAUUCCUUCCUACAGGCAAGUAAGCUCAGAAACGUACUGUCAUGGGCUUGUUCUGCAUUUCCAGCUGUAACCUCCCAAUAACUAAUUUCUCCUCCUAGCUUAUAAAGACAACUACUUGUGUCAUUUUACAGUGUAGUAUUAUAGAGGACCAAACACUCAUUUCCUUGUGGGCUUUCUCAUUGAUGGCUGUUAUCACACAAGUCACGUAAAGAUCAAGCCUUGGUCAGUUAGUUUUCCUUUAGUUUCAAGAUUUAGGGAAGCAGAAAAAGUACUUAGCAUGCUGCUUCUGGGACAAAGCAAAGUAAAUCUUCUUUCCUGCAGCUGACUUGUAAGACCAAAACAACUCCCUGUUCAACACUGACCGUAAAUAACACAAGUGGAGUAUCUGAGAGUUUGUGAAUUCUGUUACCUCUUAAGAAUGGCUGGUCUUUCUGCUGAACAAUUCAUUCAGGAGCAGAGUUAUCCGAAGCAAGUAUGAGAUGAGUAUUAGAAGCAUGUAUCUGUGAUAGCCCUGUGUCUGGGAGGGCUUUGUAGCUGACACAGAUUCUUUUUAUUGCUGUGAUUCCCAAGCUGGCUUACUGAGUAUUUAUUAGGAUAGCUCAACAUCGCAGCACUUUGCAUAGUGUGGAUAAACUGAACUGUAAGGUUCAUGCUACAGAGGGGUUUGCACAUUUAAGACAAUCUUUCAUAGUUGUGAAAACAAUAAACCUGAAGAAGUGGGGGGGGAGGGGAUUGAGUGUUCAGCAGCUUUUGUGGUUUCCUGUCCCUGCUUUUCAUUAUAUGUUGUGAUAUGAUGUUGCAUAAACUUGUGGUGUCAUGAUACAGCAAGAGGAAGUGAAUGGGAGCAAGAAUGUUUAAGUGGUACAUCCAUGUUUUAAGAGGGCUUCUAAACAAUCAAACAGAGAUACCACAGUAGAAAAACUGGCAGGGACAUCUUUUGAGCCUCCCGCAACUCCACUAACAGAAGAGACACCUCUGUAAUGUGGUGAAAAAAAAUGAUCAUCUAUAUGAUAUGAUAUGAUAAUAUUCAGAUUUCUGUGUGCAGAGAGAUCAGGACACGUCAAAAGGCAGUCUUAUCAAAUACAUUUUUUGUCAUUUUCCAUCAUUCUUUUUCCAUCUCCAGAGAUUUUUGGUUCACCAGAGUAGAUGUUACUACUACCAUUUGAAUUUUUGUUCCAGUUUUCCAUGUGCUGUGGCAAGAUGUCUCAUACUCAUGCUUUGUGUGUCAUGCUCAUACUUCAUGUGGAAUGAUAAAUGGACAUGGAUA